UCACGAACAAACAGUAAAGUCAGUUUAGCUCUGCCGCUAGCCGGAUUCAUUGAUCGUAUUACUGGCGGGAUAGUCUGGAAGGAAUAUCAGAGAGGUUUCAUUACUAGGACAAAAAUAACUCUGACUCACUAAGUCAUAAUUCUCGGUUACCUCAGUGUCAAGUUCUGGUAUGAUCUCUGUGUUAGAAUUGGAAGGUAGAAGUCUAGAUAGCAAGGAAACGUCAGACAAUUACCACCGAUUGGACAGAAGUGAACGUUACACGUUUUGUAUUUAUGGCCUUUAAGAGCCAAAGGGAAACACAGUAGGAGUAAAAGUCUAUUGGGUUUUGGGACUUGUGGAGUCCUGAGAGACAAAACAAACGUUAGGUGAGUUCGUACCGUUAAAGAGACAAGGGAAAAAGUGACUGCAACUAUUGAAGUUUAAACUUAAACUUCUCACCUGGGAUUAUAGUUUUCACCUCCAAUGCCGUGCUUCUUGUGUGCCAGUGAUUGGAAGGAUGCCAGAGUUUUACCAGAAUGUCACCAUGCUUUGUGCGAGGACUGUCUUACCAAACAUAUCACCGCUAGCUUUGAGAAAAAGAUCAAAAAGCGCAAAAAGAAGAAUCUUAUUCUAACAUGUCCAAAAUGCACGACGCAAUUUCAAGGUCCAGAUUCAAGAACAUGCAUUUCUGAAUGGAUGGGCAAAUUACGGGUAAUUUCGUGCAAACCAUCAGUUAUUAAUGUCACAAACACUGACAGUACUUCGGAGCACGAGAAAGCCAGCAUGUGUGAAAAGACGAACUCUCCAGAAAGGCCUUGUAGGCACAGCGUUCCCGUUGAAAACCAAGUUUCGGGGAAAACGAGCAAUAGGAGAACGCAUUUGUCUGCUUCUGAUGAUUGUUACACAUUUUGCUCUACACAUGUCAGUAAAAACGUUGAAUUCUACUGUGGCAAUCACGAGGAAUUCAUUUGCCGACUGUGUAUAAUAAGAGACAUGAACCACAGGCAAUGUGACCAUAUUAUUGAUUUAGAAGAUGCAAGUAAAAUUAUACAGAGAGGUGAAAUACACAAGACUGUAUUAGGCGAUCUCAAGGCAGUGAUUGAGCACUAUGGAGCGCUCAUUGGUGAAAUAGAUGAAGCCAGAAAAGAAUCAGAAAAUCAACGUGUUCAAAUAGUAUCAACUUUUGAAACAGUUAGACAGAAAGCUCUACAAGUCAUUGAUAACCACGAGAAAACUUGUCUGAAGACUUUUGACCAAGCCAUGGACAAUCAAGCAAAACGUCUUAACGAAUCUAAAGGUAAAAUUAAAGCCAGGAUUGAAGAAACUAAACUGAUAGUAGCAGAGUUUAUCGAUAUGACUGAGGUUGAGGAAAAACGUGUCUGCUUGUUUUCAACUGUAUUUAAAAUAUUAAGAAACUAUGAUAACAAGAAAACAGAUAGAUGGGAAAAUCACAUGCAAUGCAAAAUAGCGAAGCUAAAUAUACAAAAUACAGAGGCAUCAAAUCCAGAUAAAGUUGUUGAUGACAUAAACAUUGCUUUUGAAGACCAACAAAAGACACUUUCACCCUAUCCAUUUUUUCAAGCAACAACUGAAAGUGUUCUCAGACUGGUUUCGUUGGACAUACAAGUUAACCCUAAAACUAUUCAAUGUGUUCAAGUUGCAACACGAGAUGGUCAGACUAAUGACGAGGUUAAACAACAAAAGCUGUCUCAAUCAAAGGUUGAACAACAUGAAACUAAUAGAGAUGUAGAUAAAACAAAGCCUACGGUAAAGAAGCCGGAAACAAAAGUCGUUGAAUUAGAGACAGAACCUCUUAAAGAGAGACAUAAACACAAUAGACAUAACAUGAAAGUAGAUGGAAAAGAUGAAGUUGCUAAAGGAGUAGCAUCGCCUUACACAAGAUAUUGCAAGACCAUUAAGCCCUACAAGUGUUCAAGUACACCUGUUUUAAGGCGCGACACCAGUACAACACUGAUGUUUCCAAAUAAAAAUUACGGUUGGAUUUCUGAUGUUAUCGUUCUGAAGAAUGGUCAAAUUGUAUUUUCCGAAGCAUUUCACAAUCGACUUGUUAUUACGGAAAAUGAUUUUUCGUUUGUUUCUGAAUGUGAUAUUGAUACAUCCCCUGGCCAUAUGAUAAUUAGAGAUAACGGUUCCAUUCUGGUUUGCAAAAAAGCAACGAACAAACUUUUGGUAGUCAAUAUGCAGGAGGAUGCUGUUUUAACGGUUGAAUCAUAUGUUACUACACCUUGGCACCCAAAGAGCAUUCAAUCCUUACCUAAUGGCGAUGUACUAAUUUCGAUGCAAGGUCGAGACUCUAAGUGGAAAUUAAGCAAACUACAGCUGCACGAUGACGACACCUUUAAGUCGAUAAAAAAUGUUAGCAUUCCAAUCGACGAUGGAUAUUCACUGCAUGUUGUUGUUAGUCAGACUGGCACUGAAAUGCUCGUUAUUCAAUGCUGUGAAACGGAAGGAGUAGUUCAUGGAUGUGACCUUGAUGGAAAUGAGAAGUUCUCGUACGAAUGUGACCAGCCCGAGGCUGCAACACACGAUAAAUAUGGAUUUAUCUAUGUAGUCGGUUUUACAGGGGAGGUUCACAUUUUGAAACCAGACGGAACACCUUUAGGCGUGAAUUAUAUUUCGAACAUGUAUAAGUGUAAGAGGAUUGCUUACGAUGAAAGCAAUGAUCGUCUGAUUAUCACAACUUACAAGGACAAAAAGUUACAUUUGUUGAAAAUAGACUACAUCAAUGAAUGAACAAUUGGAUCAAGCAAAACAUAUCUAGAACUUUAAUCAGAGGAUUGUUAAAAUGGAUCGAUUUUUAGCCAUUAUAUAUGUCAAUAGUUUCGUUUUCGAUGAUAAGGCAGUGAUCAUAUAUCUGCAGAGCUAGAAAACAAUUAAUUAAAAGAAGAAAAUGUUCAUAGUUGCGAUGAAAACACUCGAUGUACACUUGUUUGAUUUUUUUUGAUGAUCAGUACUGUUUAAAUGUCAUAUAAAAAGGUGUUAUAUGUCAAUGAAGAAACUUCAAUUGUUGUACUUUUACCUUUAAUGGUAGGGAAAUACGUCAUGAUUAAUAUGAUUUUUUUGAUAUAUAAUGAGCAUUGCUUUCAUCUCGCAAGUUUAUUGCUAGUGUAGAAUUUAUCAAAUUGAUCCCGAUAUCGAAAGAGGACGUGUUGACUCUUUAAGUAAGUAAAUAAAAGCAGGUAUUUUAGUCA